GCUUGUUGUGACAUAAUCUCGUGAUUACAAUGUAAGCCACGACUGCUUCAUGGAUUCGGCGAAUGUCGAUAUCAUAGUCACUGGCCUUUCCGGGGAAACACUUGCCAACCUGAGCCUGCCGUCCACUUCGACAAUUUCAGCAGUGAAGCUGGCGCUCUGCCAACGACUUCAUACGCGGCCCUUUCAGCAACAACUUGUGCUUGAUGAGGCGCUGCAAGAUGAUCAGAAGCUUAAUCAAGUUGCAAAUACUUCUCCUCUGCAUUUGAGCCUUGUUAUUCUGCCUAUUGACCCAGAGUGGUCUCCCAAACUGAUGCAUGCAGCUGAGUCAGGCGACUUGGAGCAGAGCCGCUCUUGUCUAGAAAAGGGAGCCGAGGUGAACAGCAUCUAUGAUGGGAGCACAGCACUCUCUUUGGCAGCUGGAAAUGGCCACCUUCCUGUGGUGGCUUUGUUGUCCUACGCUCAAGCUGAUCUAGACACAGCCUUGGCAGAUGGGGCCACUCCACUACUCCAUGCAACCUUCAAUGGUCACUUGCCGGUGGUGCAAUUUCUGUGCGGACAAGGAGCAGACAAGGAGAAGCCCAAUGCCAAUGGUGGCACGCCUCUAAUGCACGCUGCCCAGCAGGGUGCGACGGAGAUUUUGGAGUACCUUUGCGCGCAAGGCGUCCGCCUGGAUCAAAGGCGUGUGGAUGGGGCAUCUGCUCUGAGCAUAGCAGCAGCAGUUGGCCACGCAGACGCCGUCAAAUGCUUAUGCGAAUUCCUUGCAGAUGUCAACAACAUUGCAGAUAGGGGUGUGACUCCGCUGCUACUGGCUGCUCGGGCUGGACAUUUGGAUGCGGUGCAGAUGCUGGCUGAGGCGCAUGCAGAUGUGAAUAUGAUUUCAGAGGGCGGAGCCACCGCAUUGAGCAUUGCAGCGCAUAUGGGGCACACCGAAGUGGUUCGGUUUUUAAGCGCAUGUGCCAUGGACGGCGAAGCGGAGUCGGUGCCUUUGCUGGCAGCUUGCCAGGCUGGCCAUGCUGAAAUGGUGCGCAUUCUGUGCGAGGCGAGGUGUAACCCAGACGGGCACGGCGGGCAUGGGUUGACGCCCCUGGACCUGGCGACAAAGAACAGGAACUUGCCGAGUUUCUGCACUUUGUUGAGGGCCGGCGCAAAUCAGUGUACUGCUGACAUUUCCGACAUGCAACUUCUUUUGGCUGCCAGUACAGGUGACUUGGAAGCGGCACGUAUGCUGUGUGAAUGUAGUGCAGAUCUGGAUGCACAAGAUCAGGAUGGAAUGACAGCCUUGUGUUAUGUAGGGCAGCAUGGCUUUUUGGACAUUGCACAAUAUUUACUGGAAGCUGAAGCUCAGGUGGAUUUUGCCCGAUGUGAUGGUGCCACUCCUUUGUGUUUGGCUGCGCAUGAGGGACAUGCUACAAUGGUGGACCUUUUUCUGCAGGCGGGCGCCUACCCUGAUGCUUGUAUGGCCGAUAAUGUCACACCGCUGCUGCUGGCCUGCCGAGAGGGUCACCUGGAAGUGGUCCGCUGUUUGUGUGAGAGAGCUAAUGUCAACCUUGCCAUGCGCAACGGCCUAACCCCUCUAUGCGUCGCAGCAAUCAGCGGCAGUUUCGAUCUGGUGAAGUUGCUAUGUGCCGCCGGUGCUGACAUCUCAAGAGGUGCAAGAUGUGGUCGCAAACCGGCACACUUUGCAGUUGACAAUGGGCACACCAAUGUGUUCGCCUAUCUCUCCGAGCUUGAAAGCACGUGAGAAUGUUAUGCAAACAUGUGC